AUGAGAAAAAGAGCAGUGAAAAGGUUUCUUUUCUUAUUUAUUGUUUAUGGAAUAUUUUUUUCGUCACGUCCUAUAUUAAUGAUCAACACCAUUGUAGAUGUAUCUUUAAUUGGUGAUGACCUUUUUGAUAAUAUUUUCAAACCAGACAUUCCAUAUAUGGGAAAUCAUUUGACAUUUAAUGAGAAUAAUAAAUCAAAUAAACGAAAAAAGAGAAAUAAUGAUGUUAUGAUAGAUGAUAUAUUUUUACUAACAACUAUGUUAUCACAAAUUCUGCCAUCCAGUUUUUCUAUAUAUCCCUUGAAUUUAACAAACGAAACCUUAACAACUAAUAAUAAUGAUUUCAACAAUUUUCUUGAUUUGAUUAAUAUAUAUGAUGCUGAUAUAAAUCAAACAAUAACUAAUCAUUUAAAUAAAAUACAACCAAUAAAAGGAUGUGAAGAUGAUAUUAAAAAUAAUAAUUGUGAUAAAGAUGUAUUAACGUGUAUUACAUUAAAAAAAAAUAAAUUAUCAAAAAGUUGUAAAAAAUCCUUGAGUAACUCAUUAUUAUAUUCUUGCAUUGAUGAUAUCCUUACUUAUUGUAAAGACUAUUCAAAAUUUUCAAAAGUACACAAAUGCUUAAAAACUAAUUUCUAUCAUUUAAAAGAUCAAUGUUUAAAUAUUUUAAGCUACUAUGAAGAUAUUAUGCAAAAGUUACAUAAAAUGAAAAGUAUACCAUAUGAUAAACAAGAACAUCUUUUUUUAGAAAAAGGAGAAAAAAUAAAAAACAAUGCACAAAACGAAAAUAUUAAAAAUAGUAGUAAUAAUAAUAAUAAUGUAUAUAACUUAAAAUCAGAAACUCCUAUAAAUAACAAUAACAAUAAUAAUAAUAAUAAUAAUAAUAAUAAUAAUAAAUAUAAUAUCUUAAAUCAUUCUAAUGAACAAAAAAUACCUACUAUGGCAGAAAAUUUAAGAAAAACCUAUGGACAUUAUAUAUUCCCAACUAUGGAUUUUAACUAUUUGUUUGAUUUUAAUUCAUUCAAUUUUACAAAUAAAUAUACUCUCUAUGUAUUCGAAAUUUUAUUUAUUUCAUUAUUAUUAUAUAUUCUUAUUAUAUAUAUUAAAAAGUUCUAUAUGCAAGAUACACCAAAUUUUACUACAAAUAACCCCAAAACUAAACUAGCACAACUAUAA